AUGGCGCAGUUGGGGGAAGAGCCGAAGCCUGGAGACCUGAUUGAGAUUUUCCGCAUUGGCUACCAGCAUUGGGCCAUCUACGUGGGAGACGGAUACGUGGUCCACCUAGCGCCUCCAAGCGAGUACGCCGGUGCCGGCUCCUCCAGCCUCUUCUCGGUGCUGAGCAACCGGGCGGUGGUGAAGCGGGAGCUGCUGAAGGAUGUGGUAGGCGACUGCCGCUAUCGGGUCAACAACUACCUAGACCACAAGUACCUGCCGCUCCCCGUGUACCAGAUCAUCAGCGUGGCCAAGGCGAAAGUUGGAGAGGAGAUGCCGUACUCUGUGCGUUCGGGAAACUGUGAGCACUUUGUCACGCGUCUGCGCUAUGGCAAGUCUCACUCUGAGCAGGUGGAGACCGUGGAGACCGCGACUUACGUGACAGUGGGACUAGGACUUCUGGGUGCCAUUGGCUACUCAGUUAUGAGAAAACGCCCUCAGAACCAGUGAUGUCCACAGGCAUCCGGAGGCAGGGCU